AACAACCCACUAUGAAAUUCAUUAAGCACACCAGUCAUAAAACAAUGUCAAAACUCAACUACAGCAUGAAUUUCACAUCACAAUGCCCAAAAUGCCUUUCUUUUAUCGUUCACCAAUCCCUCACCAAAUAUACGAGUACCUAAUCCCAUCCUCAUACCAUGUUUAUAGACCAAAAACAUUACUUUUUAAAAGUAACAUUUUUCUAUGUUUACAAUUAAUCCAUUGAGAACUUGGCGGCUUCAACCAUAACAGUAAGGGAGUCUUCAAGUCGUUGUUCCACUCAAGUAAGCGCCGCCAGUCCCAAGUCAAUUUUCACUAUAAUCAUGACCUACCCCAAUCAACAAGGCUCUUUCGAGCAGUGUACAGAAAAUAGACUCGUAAUUCGAAACCCCAAAAAAAGUGAGAAAAAGCUUUAAAAGGGGGCAAUCUCUAAAAAAAACUUAAAAAAAAAAGAAAAGUCGAAAGGAUUGACAGAAUCAUUAGGAGAUAAAAUUAGAUGAAGAAAGGGGAUGCAAAAGUGGAUUUCUACCUUGAAUACCUCAAGAAAAUUUAGAAAAAAAAGAGAAAAAUAGGAAAAUACCCAAAUGAUAUUAAAAACUAACAAAAAAACAGACAGACAUGGACAAAUUCCGGAUUCCACAUAUGCUGCCAUGAUGACUUUGACAAAGGUUAAUGCUCUCACAAACUCAGUAACAAAGACGGGAAAAAUGCAUGCCUAACCCGGCAAAGUAACCGUGUGGUAAAACUUAGUGCUCUACACGUUACUUCUCCUUGCAUCUAUAAAUUCAGGCUCCUUCCUGUACACAGAGAAGCUAAAGUGAGUAACCAUUUCGCAGGCCAUGGAAAUGGAAAUGGAAAUGGUGAUGAGAUUUCCAAUUUUCAUCCUCUUCUUCCAAACAAUUGUUUUGGUUCCUCUAAUCCAAUCAUCUGAUGGUUUAUCAGGAGUAGAACUAGAAACCCAAGCACUCUUGAAUUGGAGAACCAGUCUGAAAAAUCAGACCUUGGAUUCAUGGGUUUUCACGACCAACAAUAAGACCAGCCAUUGUGGCUGGUUUGGCAUUCAGUGCAGCAAUGGGGGAAGUGUAAUUGAGAUAAGCCUCUCGAAUUCAAAUCUCGAAGGUACUCUUGGCCGAUUAAACUUCUCCUUGUUACCCCAUUUAGUCCACCUCGAUCUCAGCUGGAACUCUCUUGAAGGAACGAUUCCGCCAGAUAUUGGUAGUCUUUUGAACCUCACUUUCUUGGAUUUGUCUCAUAAUGAAUUAUCUGGUUCAAUCCCGAAUACGUUCUUUUCUGGUCUCAGAAAACUGCAAAUCCUAAACCUCACCAGAAAUCAUAUUGGAGGCCAAAUCCCAACCAGUCUAGUGAACCUUACUAAGCUUCAUGAUCUUCGGCUCGGUUACAACUCCUUCACCGGUCCCAUUCCUGAACAGCUCGGUUUUGUUUUCUCUCUCCAAAUACUCGAACUCUAUGAAAACCCACUUUUAGUAGGGCCCAUCCCUGGUUCUCUAGGCCAGCUCCAAAAGCUUCAGAGGCUGGAUAUUAGUAGUUGCAAUUUGAGUUCAAACAUCCCACCACAAAUAGGAGACAUGAAAGAGUUGAUCGAAAUCUCUCUUUCUAUGAACCUUCUAUAUGGCCCCAUUCCUCCUUCCAUCGGUAACCUAACCAAGCUCACCACCUUGGAUCUCUCCUAUAACCAGCUCUCAGGAGCUCUUCCUUCGGAGAUUGGAAACUUGGGAUUGUUAACAUCUCUUGAUGUGUCGAAUAACACCCUCGGAGGCUCAUUGCCGAGAACAUUAUCCCACCUCUGGAAGCUGGAAAUGUUCUUUAUCGAAAGCAAUGUGUUCUCUGGCACCAUUCCAGUAGAUAUUUUUGAGCACGUUCAAUUGUUGGGGGCCGACUUGUCUUUUAAUAGCUUCUCAGGUACACUACCUUUGGGAAUAUGUAGAGGGAAUAAGCUCAUAAAUUUCUCGGCCAGCCACAACAAUUUCUCGGGGCCCCUGCCAGAAGAUUUGAAGAACUGCACGAGUGUGGCCUGGUUCGUAGUCGAGAAGAACCAUCUCGAGGGGAAAGUUUUCGAGGCUUUCGGUAGCCAUCCUGAUCUAAUGAUUGUUGACUUGUCUGGGAAUCAAUUUUCUGGUUACAUUCCAGAAAACAUUGAUGAAACAAUGCCGAGUCUAACUUUCCUACAGCUAGGAAAUAACCACAUGGUGGGAACAAUUCCCUCCACUAUUCACAAGAUGAGAGAUUUGGUUGUUCUCGACCUUUCUGGGAACAACUUCACUGGUACCAUCCCGACCUCACUACCCAAUAUGGGAUACUUUAUGAUUUCUAAUAACAACAUCAUGGGAACCAUUCCCAACUCUGUGGGGAAUAUGACCAAUCUGGUUGUCUUCGAUGUUUCGGGAAACAGGUUAAGUGGUGUUAUUCCUUCUGGCUUGGGGAAAUGUCAGUCGCUUGAAGUAUUGGACUUGAGCAACAAUAAUAUGCUCGGAAGCAUUCCAUGGUCGCUUGGGCAUUUAGGGAUCCUUCGGAAACUGCAAUUGAGCAACAAUAGCCUAUCAGGAGAGAUCCCUUCAUCCUUGAGAAACUGUUCUGGUUUAGAGAUUAUUGAUCUUGGUGAAAAUGGAUUCUCAGGUGUUAUUCCUACUUGGAUUGGUGGAACCUUCUCAUUACUACGCAUUCUCCGUUUACGAUCAAACAAGUUUACAGGUACAAUCCCUCAAGAGCUGUCACUCUUGCGUUCUCUUCAAGUCUUGGACCUCGCAGUAAAUAAUUUAUCAGGUGAGAUCCCUCGGACAUUUGACAACUUCACAUCAAUGGCAAUCAGGCUACGAGACGUCCAUAGCAGUUCCAAUGGGGAGAAUAAUGAGGCAAUGAUUCUCAAGAAGUAUUAUGAGGAAACGGUUGUCAUUGCCACAAAGGGGCAAGCCCUUCCAUAUAGCAGGACUCUUUCCCUGGUUACAUGCAUGGACAUUUCGAGUAAUAAUAUUGUCGGGAUUAUCUCGGAAGAGUUAACCCGCUUGGUAGGCUUGCUUGUGCUAAACCUGUCCAGAAAUCACCUAACUGGGAAUAUUCCCAAAAAGAUCAGUGCACUGAAGGAGCUGGAGUCGCUAGACCUUUCGAACAAUCUACUUUCGGGUGGCAUCCCACAAGGAAUCUCGUCCCUGACAUUCUUAAGCUAUUUAAACUUCUCAAAUAACAACUUAUCCGGACCCAUUCCCUCCAGCAAUCAAAUGGAAACUUUUCAUGAAUCGACAUAUUCUGGGAACCGAUACCUUUGUGGCUUUCCGCUUCUUAAAAAGUGUGGAGUACCUACCCAGGUGUUGACUCCCAUCCAUAAUGAAGAUGAUGAUGAUGAUGUAUUUGGGAUUGAUGUGAGUGCAGGUAUGGGUUUCGGCGUAGGAUUUGGUGGUUUUUUCUUUGUUCUAGCUGUCAUAAGGCCCUGGAGCCAUGCAUAUUUCAAGUUCAUGGAUCGUAUUGUGAAGAAACUGCUACGGGCAUCGUAGUGUUGUACUUCUACUGCUCACACACACACAUACUCAUGUGGUGAUCAGAUCACAUGGCCUUGCACUUGCUUUGAUACUUCGAUUAGCAAUGCAGAAACUUCUUUUGAGUCUCAA